AACAAAUUUUGUGUAACCGAAGAUGAUUGUUGUUGUUGCUCUUGACGCAUUUUUCGUAUGAUUCUUUCUUGUUCAGAUCGAAUGUAUUCACGAAUAUUAACAUCAUCGAAAGAAGCUAAGUUUUUUAGCAAUAUUUUAUUUUCCUCUUUUAUUUCUUUAAAAGCUAACUUUUUUGCUUCAUUUUGCAGUCGUAAUUCAAUCAUCUCAUGAUAUUUUUUCCUUCUUAUUGUACUUUCGUUUAAAAGAUCAAGGAUUUUUUCGUUUGAUGAUAUCAAACUAUCAGCAGACAUAUUAUGAGGAUAUCCGGUUUCAACAAUUUUUGGCUCGUAAUCUACAAAUAAAAAAUAAAGAGAAUCAUUUCUUACUUCGAAAUGCACUAGUUGAUCAUAUAUGAGAGCAUUAUGGAAAUAAUUUUAUGCAAUAAUGUAAUAUUUGCUUGCAGUUUAAUAUUUAAUUAUGUACUUUUAUUUAUAAUUUUAUAUUUUAGUGUAAGAUUUUUUUUUAAUUAAUAUUUCUGUAAUAUUUUUAUAUAUGUAUUAGUUAUUAUAGAAGUUUUAUGAAUUUACAUCAACUAUGACAAAUAUAAGGAUCAUAGUGUAAAAUAUAAAUAAUUUUGAAGUUAGGUUUAAAGUUUUACUUUUGGAGAAGAACACAUUGAAACUUCAAAUAUAAAGUUUUGGAAACUUCAAAAUAGAGUUCCUUUUUGGAGAUGCUUCAAAAUAAUUUUAAUGACUUAAUGUGUCAACUUGGUUAACUAACUAUAGUUUAGUUACAAUUGAACUAUCUUCAUCGACUUCGUACUUAAUGCUCCCAGUAAUUUAUUACAUUUUUUCGAAAAUAAUUUAUUACAAAUUUACGACAAAACAUUUGAGCUUCCAUAAGAGACAGCGUAAAUUUGAAUGAGAAAGUUAGCGGACCGUUACACUUUUUUUAAGUUUAAGCCUAUAAAUUUAUAUGAAAGUGAAAGAUUUAUAUUUAUGUUUGUUAAAAGAGUGACUGAAUCAGAAUUAAUCGAUGGUAAAAACAUUAUUAAUUAAUUGGACAUUUAAUUAAAACUGAAUACCUCAUCAAAACUGAAUGCCUCCGUAUUGACCUCUAAUUUAACUGACCUCAAAAGGCCGUAAGCCAUUGGACGUAUAUCAACUUUUAUUACCACGAGCCAUGCAUGAGGACUGAUUUUAAGAUAAAGAAACUACAUAUAACUUGUUAUGAUAAGUUCCUGACGAUGAAAAAAGAAAAAAAAAAGAUAAGUUCCUGACAUUGAUAAGCUUACAUACAUUGCUGGUCAACUUAUGGGUGGAGUUAACAUUUUCUUUGUCCAAAUCUUUUAUAGUUUUUCACUCAUUUGUUUAUGUUUGCAUUAGUUUAUGUAUUGGUUCACCUAUAUAUAGGUAUUGUUACUAAGAAUCCUAGUCUAGCCUUUCGCUGGUCACAUUGUAGAAAACAUGUAAUUGUAUAAUAAAUAUAUAUACUUGAUUUAUAAUAAUCACAUCAAAAAAGAUCAAACAAAUUAUAUAUUUUCCUCAUUCUUGGGAUCUCGAUGGUGUCUCCAAAUAUCCAAUGCUUUAUUAGGCGAGAAGACAUAGUACAAUGGUAGAUUCUUCAAUAACAUAUAUAUACACCUAACAAAAUCUAGAAACGCAAUAACGUCUUUAUACAUACUCGGCAAUGUAAUAAUAAUUAAGACUUGUGAGUAACUUUGGACUCGAAUUUGAUUGAUUCUAUUAUAUACAUAUACUGCACUACAUACACAGAGAAUAAAACCUUAUAAUAAUAAUUGUCUUUUGGGGCCAAUUGGGUCCAGAGAAAAGACUUGGUCGUCUACUUCUUUAUCCCCAUUCUCUACUUCAAAACAUUUCAUUUCUCAUGUUUCUAUAUAUUUUCUUCUCUACUUUUUAUUAGUAUUCCCGCUUGCCUACUAUCCCUAAAUCAUUAGAAUCUCUACUUACUUUUUUAAAAUCUCUAUUCCCCUGUCAAAUAUAUUUUGUUUUCUUAAUUAUUUCUCUUUGAUAUUGGCAUGGCUGGUCUCGAUCUAGGCUCAACCUCUCGUUACGUCCACAACGUCGGCCAAUUCUCCACCGACAACCACCACGAAGAUGAUGGUGGCGCUGGAGGAAACCACCAUCAUCAAGGUUUAGAUUUAAUAGUAUCUAAUGACAACUCUGGACUAGGCGGUGGCGGAGGAGGAGGAAGCGGGGACCUCGUUAUGCGGCGGCCACGUGGCCGUCCAGCUGGAUCAAAGAACAAACCGAAACCUCCUACGAUCGUCACGCGCGAGAGCGCUAACACUCUUAGGGCUCACAUUCUCGAAGUGGGAAGUGGCUUCGACGUUUUCGAGUGCAUCUCUACUUACGCGCGGCGGAGACAGCGAGGGAUCUGUGUUAUGUCCGGAACCGGAACCGUCACUAACGUCAGCAUCCGCCAGCCGACAGCGGUCGGAGCUGUUUUGACUUUGAGAGGCACUUUCGAGAUUCUUUCCCUCUCUGGUUCUUUCCUUCCGCCGCCUGCUCCUCCAGGAGCGACUAGCUUGACGAUAUUCCUCGCCGGAGCUCAGGGACAGGUCGUUGGAGGUAACGUUGUUGGAGAAUUGAUGGCGGCGGGGCCGGUGAUGGUCAUGGCGGCAUCUUUCACGAACGUGGCUUAUGAAAGGUUGCCUUUAGACGAGCAUGAAGAGCAGUUACUGGUCCAAAGCGGCGGCGGAGGCGGAGGAAAUAUUUACUCGGAAGCCACAGGGGGUGGCGGUGGCUUGCCGUUCUUCAGUUUACCGAUGAGUUUGCCUCAUAUGGGAGGUGAACAUUGGCCGGGAAAUUCUGCCGGCACCGGUAGGGCUCCGUUUUAGCUUCUGUUUUUAAAAAACUUCAGUUUUUUUUCCCUCUUUUAUUUUCACGGAAUUUAUGGAAUUGUGGUUGUUUUUCUUACAUAUCAAUUGUUCAUGUAUUGAUCCUUGAGUACAUUUUUUUUUUAGUUUUUACUUAUAGGUUGCCGAUUUGUUUUUUUUUAAGUUUCUAAAUUAAUUAUUUUCGACUUAAUGAGCAGCAUAUAUAUAUAAUCUAUCUGUUAUUUAUUUUUUCAGUUACCUUUUACUCACGCAUAUAUAAAUGCUUCGAGUUCCCUGGUUUUAUUAGAUACUACUAUAUUAAAAUUUCACAUAAUUUAUUUUGUGACAUACUAACAUUCAACGGCAUUAACGGUUGAAACUUUUAUAUCCAAUAACAACUUACACUAACGCAUUUUAUUGUAAUUUAUGUGACCUAACUAUAUCAUACACACUUUUUCUCUUUGAUUAUAAUUUCUUAAUGUUUAUUAUCACAGAUUUAUAGCGAAAAUCACGAACAGGAAGAGACAUAAAAUAUAGCAUAUUUUAUCAAAAAAAUAUAAAAGAUACAUUCACCCUUAAAAUUAAUCUAAAUAGCUUUAUUGUAACCCUCAAAGGCUCAACCCCAUCAGUGUUGCUAUCUUGGGAAACGGCAAACAUAUUGUAGCAAUAUAUAUCACUGAAUCUAUAUAUUCCAAUGUUUUACAUGUAUUUUACCGAACAAAAAUGGUUCAAAGAUAUAAGUAUAAUGCAAAAUCAAUAGGAAAAAAAUUCACACUCAUUGAGCUCGCUAGGGUUUUUCCAAACACACAUGACUGAAUAAAAUUUCCACCUUUUCAAAGUUUGAGGUCACCACCAUGUGAAUAAAAAAGUACUAAAUGACAAGAAAUGCUAAACGACAAAGAAGAUUAAAGUAAUACUAGUAAAACACUACAAAGAAAAGUGGAAGUGGAGUGCUAAUUAAGAAAUUAAAUUAUUAAUCUGACCAUUCCAUUCCAAUCAUCCUACUAUAUAAAAGGAGCUAAAUCCUAGCUUCCUAAGCCUUGCCACAUGAACAAAAUAAUCAGAACCAACCAUUAUGCCAUGUCAUUCCGGACUGGACUUUAAAAAAAAGAAAACCAACCAUUAAAAUAUGCGAAGAGUCACGGUUUAACCUGGUUCAACUCCAGUUACAUCAUAAUAAAACAAUGCAUGCAUUGAUUGUUGAUUAUUAGUCUUCUAACUACCACAUCUUUGCCAUCCUAAAUCAAAAUCGAUUUUUACAACUUUAACUUGCCCCAUACUUAAUAUUCUUAUAGCUGGUGAACAAUUUAAUUUAGGAAAUCGUUAUAUUUCAUGUCAAAAAUGCAUACUGUAUUCAUUGAAAAUUAAAUAACAUAUAUUCUACCAUUAGGAUCAAGAACUCUAAUCUGAAGACUAUAUAUUCAUCCCCUCUCACUCUGAAAAAACCACUACCGCCAACCGUUCAAGAUUUUGUGUAAGUCAAUAUUUGAAAGUCACAAUUUUGUCAAUUUUUUGGCAUAAGUGAUAUGUUUAAGAGUUGGAUAGUUAAGUCCGUAUGCGGUUGGGGACGUGGGGCUUGGCUCACCUUCCACUGUUUAUUUUCAAUUGUUUUAAUAAUAGAUUCAUAUUGAUAAUCUGUGCGAACAAACGUAUAAGAUUUUAGUUGGUUAAGAUUAAACAUAGACCGACAAUCUUCCGUCUUUAGCUAUUGGUCUCCGCCAAAAAAAUUUGAUUUAAUAUAAUAGUUCCUGCCUGCUAAGCUACUACAAUUGUAGUUCACGUCUAUCGGUCAUAUAAAAUAUUUAGUUUUUUUUUGGCUUUAUAAGAUUUUAGUUUGUAAUUAAUCUCAUGGUUCGAUUUUAUCCAUUGAGACCUUUUUCACUAUGUUUUAUUAUCAAACCAUUUCACUUUGCCUAACAUUUAAAUAUUCUUUCCUUUGUUUAAGGAUUGAUUGUUCCUCAAUACCAUGGUCAAACCAACCGCCAAUGAUCUUCCGCUUAUGGGAGGUAUUUUGAAUUUACAAGUGCAUUUUUGAAUCAAAAACAUUAUUAGUAUUGAUAUAUUAAUUUAAUACUUUAAUCCAAAUCUUUAAUAAAACAAAUAUAAAAUACAAAUUAUGUUUUAUAUAUAUAUAUAUAUAUAUAUAUAUAUAUAUUUUUUUAUAUUUUUGACUAUUUACAUCUUAUGAAAUUUGAAGUGCACAAAAAAAAAGAAAAGUUACAUCUUAUCUGAUAAGAUUCCAAAUAUAUAAAUACAAUGCUACGUUUUGAUUUUUGUUUAUUGCUACGAAACAUUUUAAAAACUUGGGAAAAGGUAAAAAUACAGACGACAUGACCGACCACUCCUUUUCUCCUGGUUUGCAAGAAUUUAAUUGAGUUGCUUAAUAUUUGUUCCAAAUUAAUAUAUAGUCCCAUCAGAAUCAUAAAUUAAUAAUCUAUCUCUAUAUAAUUUUAUAUAAGUACUAAAUAAAGAUAUUUUUGUUCAUUUUAUAGUUACAAAACUCUAAUAAAACAAAUAUAAACAUUAUUAGUAAAAUAUGUUUUUUAUUUAAAAAUACAAAUUAUGAAAAAAACCACAAUUAGUUCUUAAUAAAAAAAAUCAUGCUCCCAACUGUAUCAACAGAUUCGUCAUUCACCCCUAGAAGAUACAUAUAGGAAUAAUUAAAUACUUUGGCAAAAAAAAAACAUUUUUGUGAUGAAGAUUCUUAGAUGAUGAUCGUUUUCUAUACAAACAUGCGGCACCUCUACACCAUUGUUUUAAUCCCAGGAAAACACGUAGAAAUCCAUUAACACAAAUAUUAACAUACUUUAAUUAAAUAUGUAAUCCGCGCGGAGCGCGGACACCGGCUCUAGUAUCUUUAAUUGCCCAACCCAUUUGAUGCUAGCUAAGCUGUCACACGCAAUUAUCUAAAGCAAAGUAGCCGGAAAUGUUCAUCACAAAACAUUUAGUACUGAUUUACAAUCAUAACAUUAUUUAUCUCAAAUAUAAUAUUGCUUAUAGCUUGGAAUAAACAAAAUAUUUCUAAAAUACUGUUUCAUCGAUUAAAAGCAAAACCAACACGAUUUAUGGAUUCUAAACUUACAUAGUGCUCAUUUACUUUGAUUGUGAACUAAAACAUUUUUAAUAUAUGCUUUUUUUUUUCUAUUUUCCUUUUGUAUUUUUUAUAUCCAAAAGUUAGUAUAAGAUUUUCAGCUUGUAAUAUCUACAAAUCUGAAACAAAACUUUGACAAUAUUUACUAAUAUACUGAUGGCUUUGAAGUAAUAACUUGAAUAACUUUUCUUUCUUUCUUUGUUUUCAUUCGACCUUUCACAAGGAAAUAUAUUUCUAUAUUGCGAAGAAAUACACAAUUGUUGAAACUUUUUUUUUUGUAAACUUCACAAUUGUUGAAACUUUCACAAUGGAAUUCUAAUGAAAUAGCUUGCCUGUUGGUAAGUAAUAGUAAUGAUCCAUAACAACACAUACACAUUAUUAGAGAUAUAUAUCUGCUGGUUUUCGUUGGGGAUGAAAUACUUUUAUUAUUUCAAAAUAAUAUACUGUAGCCAUGAGCAGAUGAAAGUGUUGAUAUAAAAAUACAAAGUGUGGGUAAAGUAGAGACAGCCAUGAUUUUUACCAAGUACAACGGAUCCUUGUUCUUUCUUCACAGGAUUUUAUGUCAAACAAACUUUUACAAAAAAAUACUGUUAUUAUCAAGAAUAUAAUUAAGAAUUCUAAAACAAGCUAACCAAUCUUUCUUUAUGUAAAGUCCAUAAAGUUGUAAAAGAUAGUUUCAUAUACAUAAUAUAUACUUAUUAGUAAAACAUUAAUGAUCAAAACUAUCACAUCCAAAUGUUUGACCGCUAAUAUUUCUGUGUUCAUUUUAAAUAAUGUAAUGCCUACUUGUUCUGUUAUCAAGCUUAGAUUGGAGAGACACAGUAGCGCUUAUUUUUAAAAUUGGUUACUAUGAUGACUAAAAGUACAUGAAUAUAAAAUAACUCCGAUUUUGUAUUUUAUGCAGUAGUUGCAACAAUAAUUUCUUUUUCAAAGAGAACCGUUUUUGUUGGUUCAUCGUUAUCCAAAUUCAAAUAUUACGACAUCUUCCAUAUCAACAGGAUUUUUUUUUCCUUGUAUUUUAUAUUUCUUUUUCUGUUAUCUCUUAGAAGAGUUAUUUUAAAAUCUUAGUAAAAUUAAAUAAGUAUCUAUAUAUAUAUAUAUAUAUAUUAUUUUUUGACUAUCUAUAUUUCUAAUAAUCAAAAGUGUUCAUAUCAACUUCAGCAUAGUCAUAUUAGUAUCUGAAUCAAAUCCAAAUCCAUCCAAACACCAAAACUCGUUAUGUUCUCUAAAUGUUUCAAUCUAUUUGUUCUAAUUUUGAUCAAUCGAUCAAUACUACUGUCUCUACCAUGCAUGGCGACUUCCAUUGAAUCUCACAUAACUGUGACUUUGUUUCAAGGGAGAUAGCACAUUACCAGGUCUCAUCUACCAGUUGACCAUAGUCAUUCGGGCAUCACAUCUUAAUUUCAAUCCUAUUAAGUGAGUUUCAGUUACAAACGGUGGGUAAAAACUCGUAGGAAACAAUCUUUGGCCAAGCAAAAUCUUGAGAUAUCGACAUAACUAUUCAACAACUACUGGCUAGCUCUAAGCAGUACAAUACAUGAGUUACUGUCAAAUAAAUGCUAACUAACUGAAUUGUUAUACGCAAGAAGUAUUGAACUCAAGAUUCAUCAUGCUAUCCACGAGUUAAAAAAAACUGAUAUUUGUGGCAUGUCGUAAAGAAGAUGUUGCGACCUACUUCAGCAAGAUCAAAGCUAUGCGGGAUGAUCUUGAUUUACUACGAGGCAGCACUUGGUUGUUGUUGUUGCAACAAAUUCGAUUAACAAGAAAUGUGAGACGAGUAGAAACAACACGUCCGUACAAAUCCGACUAUAUGAGAAUGUCUCUCUCUCAUUUUUCCAUUUACUUGUGAUGGCUCACCAUACAGUAACUAGCAAUCAAAUAUUGCAAAAGACAAAAUCUUAAAUAUAAAACUACAAGAGGAGCUGCUUGGUUUAUAGAUACCAAAUACAGCAGCAAAGUAGUAAUGUAUACACAAUGGUGAGUUUGCAUGU